AUGGGAGACCCGCUGGCGAGAAGAGCGGAGCACCUGCUAAGGUUGCACGUUCCAUACCCAGGGGAUGAUCUAGAAAGUGAGAACACGUUUUCGGAAGAACGGUUCUUAGUGUAUCGAACGUCCGAGACGCACCACGUCAUCAUGGACCGGGGCUCACACCUCGGGGAUGACCUGGUUAUACUAUCUAACCUGUUGAAGAACCCCAGGUUCUGUGUGAGCGGGUGGUACGCGAAGAGACUGAUAAUCCCUCUCAACUCACCCAGCUCACUGAAGUGGAAAACAAACCACUACUCCCGCAUGGGAAACGCCACCUCUAAACGAGUCUCGGCUGUGCUGAAUGGGGAGACUAACUACCCCGGCAGAACCAGCGCGAAUCGCUUCGACUGUCAGCGCGUGAAAUACGCUGACGACGUGGUAUAUGAGAUAGUCGACCGGGAGUUGGGCUUCCACGUCUGGACAGACGAAGAGUUCCUGGAUAAUGAGAAACUCAGCAUUAGCCACUGGUACGCUAAGCGCUUGUUAAAAGCUUACCACGAGAUGGACCAGCUUAUGUUGGAGGCGGAGCUGAGAUGGGAGGAUGACCACCUCCGGAUAUUG